AUGUACAACCCUGCACAGUCUCCACAUAUUCCGCAGCCGCCUCACAGUGCUGGCCGAGGAAUUCAAGGCUUGCGCCCACGUAUCGAUCCAAAUCAAGUACCCUCUGCUGUCGAUGCCGUUGAGUCUGACAGACAACACUGGGAGAAACAGCCAUACUUGACUCUCCCGGGAACAAGAGUACCGUUGUCUACCACCGAUUUUGUAGCUGUGGACCAAGGGAACUCCUCACCGAAAUAUGUUCGCGUGACUACUUGGGCUUUGCCUCACACUUCGCGUCUAGCAUCAGAGUGUAACGUACCUCUUGCUGCAGUCUUCCAACCCUUUGCUGAAGGAGACGAGCCAAUUCCACUCCUUGACCCUGGUCCGUCUGGUCCAGCUCGAUGCGAAAAGUGUCGCGCCUACGUCAAUCCAUGGUGUGUGUGGACUGCAGGGGGAAGUAAAUGGAAAUGUAACCUGUGUACGCACGAGACCACCGUGGCUCCGGAGUACUUUUCCAACCUAGACGGAAAUGGAAUGCGCCUUGAUCAAAUGGAUCGACCUGAACUAUGUAAAGGGACAGUGGAUUUUGUCGUUGGAGAUGAAUACUUUGCGUCGAACCCACCACAGCGGUUGACACCCCCAUAUUUUUCCCCCACACCACUGCCAACUGGUGUCCGGUCACCUCAAUCGCUCAACUUCGUAAUUGCUCUUGAUGUGUCUGUAGAAGCUGUUCAGUCAAAUUUUCUGUAUGCUGCCUGCAUAUCGCUGUUGAAAAUUCUAUACGGAGGUCCAGAUCAUAUUGAUGAAGAAGUUAUGCUUGAUUCGUGUUUCCCUUCUGGCAGCCGGAUAGCUAUCAUCACCUAUGAUAGCACACUACACUUCUACGACUUGACAACAGACAAAGUUCCUAGUCCUAUGAUGGUAGUUUCUGACGUAGACGAGGUCUUUGUUCCGCUCUACAAUGACGCUUUUGUCGACCCCUGGGAACGUCGAAAGUCGCUGGAAGCUCUACUGCAAUCGCUACCACAACGUUUUGUCAACACAUCGGAUUCUAGAAAUGCGUUAGGUUCAGUGAUAAGAGCGGGUCAAGCUGCGCUUUCAAAUCGCGGUGGUCAUAUCAUCACUUUUCUCAGUACUAUGCCGUCUGUGGGCAUCGCUGCUCUUCACGGUCAGCCUAAUGAAAACGAGCUGUAUGAUACCGACAAAGAAAAAGUGCUGUAUAAACCUCGCGAUCCAUUAUGGAAGCAGAUUGGGGAAGAAUGCGCAGAAGAGGGAAUUGGAGUGUCGAUGUUUUUGGGAAAUAAUAAAUUCGUGGAUGUAGCCAGUGUGGGCGCAGUGUCAUCGACAACAGGCGGUGAUAUAUUCUUCCAUCCUCGGUUUGACUUGUUGCGAGACAGCCCAGUACUCGAAUCGCAGAUGCAACGAUUGAUUCGACGGACUACGGGGUAUGAUUGCAUAGCGAGGGUGCGGUGUUCGAAAGGCCUUCGAAUAACAAAUCAUCACGGGAACUUUUACCUUCAAAACUCAACCGACAUGGCCUUUGGUAUUCUCGAUGCAGACAAGUCUUUCUGCGUCUCUCUCACACAUGCUGCUACCUCCAUAACAAGCUCAGGUCUCAGUCCACGGGAAUAUGCAUACCUGCAAUGCGCGGUGUUGUAUACGUCCCUCGAGGGUCAGAGAAGGGUGAGGUUGGUAAAUUUAGCACUUCAAGUGGUUGAGCUGGCUGGAAAUGUGUUUCAAUUUGCGGAUGUGGAUACAUGUAUGAACUACUUGACGAGAACAGCCGUAUCCAGUCUAUCGUCACAGAAAAUGUCUCUGAUAAGAGAUGACCUCACAGAGAACUGUUCCGCUAUGUUGUUAGGUUAUAGGAAUAAAUGCGCGGCUGCCUCAAGACCUACCCAGGUAUCAUCACAUUCUUAUACCUAUAUUUCGAUCGUUUCCGGCUCACCUAGAGGUCUUCGGCAGCUUAUCAUUCCAGAAACGCUCAAAGCUCUUCCUACAUAUACGUUGGGUCUUUUAAAAUCCAAACCUCUCAAAGCACGCAACAUAGCCUCCGACGUUCGUAACUACUUCACACACCGUCUGCUUUCCAUGAGUGUACGGUCUACUAUCCAGCAUCUGUAUCCACGACUCUUGGCUCUGCAUGAUCUGGAUGAUACGAUUGCUUUGACGUUGACGGAUACAGAGACGCCUGGUGUGGGCGGUAUACCACGACCUAAGGCAGCAAACUCGGCGGUGUUGUUGCCAUCGACUAUGCGAGCUAGUCAUGAAUGGAUGGUGGCAAAUGGGAUAUAUCUCAUAGACAACGAAGAAACAACAAUAUUAUGGAUUGGAUCGAGUGUCUCGCCCCAGUUAUUGAUUGAUCUCUUCGAAACAGCCGAUAUUUUCAGCUUAGAUCCUCAUAUGGUUAAGCUACCGCCACUUGCUACCCGCUUCUCCAAACAAGUCCGGAAUAUCAUUGCCACGCGAAACGCAAAACGUGGAGGUCGCGCAGCCAAGUUUUUCAUCGCGAGACAGAAUCUGGACGCAGCAGAGAUUGAGUUUAGCGAUAUGUUAGUUGAAGAUCAAAAUAAUGGGAACAUGGGUUAUUUAGAUUAUCUAACUAUGGUCCACAAGCAAAUAUCAGCUGUGCUCACUGAGGGCGGGUCUCUCAGCUCAGCAGGAGUUCGUUCGCCGUGGUAG